UAUUUGUUCUGCCGGACAGAGUUAGCCAACGUUAGCUAAUCUUCUUAGCCCCCUCGGAUACUAGAUUGUGAAUGAAACCCCGUGGAAUUUAUUUUAACUUAAUAAUAAAAUUAAAUAAUAUUUAUACUACUUCAAAGUGCCGAAUUUUUAUAUGAGGAUACAUGCACUACAGAGUUUAUGCGUUGGUGGCUGUUUGAUUUUGUUGUUCGGGCUAACCGUAUGCUUCCGGUUCCGACCAAUCAUAGUGCUUUUGUUUGAGACCCCGCUCCUCCCGGGAGCAAAGACAACAGUAUCAAACGUACUUCCGGACUCCAACCAGACAAAAGGGGCGUUUAAGGUCGUUUGUUUCUCCAUGAAUAAUAAACGGAGAUUCAUUAUAAUUCUGUGCAAUUUGUUGAUAUUAAACAACUCUCCGCGUGUUCACGUGUGUUUUUCUAAUUGCCGUGUAAAUACAUUGCUGCUGCGCGCAGCGUUGCUACUUGCAUCUCCUGCUGUCACAGAUCCACCUUAAACGAACCGAUGGCAGCUUUCAUGCAGGUUUUUUUUUGUGUUGACGUCAACCGUAUACAGCACAAACCAGAGGCUUUCUUCAUAAUUCGUAUGCUUGAGUCUGAAUAUGGACAGAUAGACGGACAAUGGUACCAAUUUUAAGCCACUCUGACUGCGACAGCUGCUGAUUUAUCCCCGGUCAUUUCGAGGAAGACUCGGCGUGCAAGGAUAACCGCAACACGACCACCGUUGCGCAGACUGCGGCCGAGGCACGAGCCCGCCACCGCCACCGCCACGCCGGGCACCAUGAUGGAGGGGGGCAUGCAGCUGCUCAACCGCGAUGGCCACAGCAUCUCGCACAACUCAAAGCGCCACUACCACGACUCCUUCGUGUCCAUGAACAGGAUGCGACAGCGCGGCCUCCUUUGUGACAUCGUGCUCCAUGUCUCCAACAAAGAGAUCAAGGCGCACAAAGUGGUGCUAGCGUCCUGCAGCCCCUACUUCCAUGCCAUGUUUACCAAUGAGAUGUCCGAGAGUCGUCAGACCCACGUGACCCUCCAUGACAUCGAUCCUCAGGCUCUGGAGCAGCUGGUCCAGUACGCCUACACGGCAGAGAUUGUGGUCGGGGAAGGUAACGUGCAGACGUUGCUUCCAGCGGCGAGCCUGUUGCAGCUCAAUGGGGUUCGGGACGCCUGCUGUAAGUUCCUCCUCAGCCAGCUGGACCCCUCCAACUGCCUGGGCAUCAGAGGCUUCGCCGACACACACUCCUGCAGCGACCUGCUCAAGUCGGCACACAAGUACGUCCUGCAGCACUUUGUGGAGGUGUCCAAGACGGAGGAGUUCAUGCUGCUGCCACUGAAACAGGUCCUGGAUUUGAUCUCCAGUGACAACCUCAACGUGCCAUCCGAAGAGGAAGUGUACCGGGCCGUGCUGAGUUGGGUGAAACACGACGUAGACGGACGCAGGCAGCACGUGCCGUGGCUGAUGAAGUGUGUGCGGCUGCCACUGCUUAGGCGAGACUUUCUGAUGAGCAACGUUGAUACCGAGCUGCUGGUGCGUCACCACUCGGAGUGCAAGGACCUGCUGAUCGAGGCCCUCAAGUACCACCUGAUGCCCGAGCAGAGGGGGGUCCUGAGCAACAGCCGGACGCGCCCACGGCGAUGCGAAGGCGCCAGCCCCGUUCUCUUCGCCGUUGGUGGCGGCAGCCUCUUUGCUAUUCACGGAGACUGCGAGGCAUAUGACACCAGGACGGACCGCUGGCACAUGGUGGCAUCCAUGUCCACUCGGCGGGCACGGGUGGGCGUGGCAGCCAUUGGGAACAGACUCUAUGCCGUGGGAGGGUACGACGGCACCUCAGACCUUGCAACCGUGGAGUCCUACGACCCCAUCACUAACUCCUGGCAACCAGAGGUUUCCAUGGGAACGCGGCGAAGCUGCUUAGGUGUAGCCGUCCUGCACGGCCUGCUGUACGCUGCUGGAGGCUACGACGGAGCUUCCUGUCUCAAUAGUGCAGAGCGUUACGACCCCCUGACCAGUACGUGGACCUCAAUCGCUGCCAUGAGCACCCGUAGGAGAUACGUCCGAGUAGCAACUCUGGAUGGCAGCUUGUACGCAGUGGGAGGAUAUGACAGUUCCUCACAUCUCGCAACGGUGGAGAAAUAUGACCCCCAGAGUAACACAUGGACGGCCAUCGCCAACAUGUUGAGUCGGCGCAGCAGCGCCGGGGUGGCCGUGCUGGACGGGAUGCUGUACGUCGCAGGAGGAAACGACGGCACCAGCUGCCUGAACUCGGUGGAGCGGUUCAACCCCAAGACCAACACCUGGGAGGCAGUUUCACCCAUGAACAUACGCAGGAGCACUCACGACCUGGUGGCUAUGGACGGCUGGUUAUACGCCGUGGGAGGUAACGACGGCAGCUCCAGCCUCAACUCCAUCGAAAAGUACAACCCACGCAGCAACAAAUGGGUCGCGGCCUCCUGCAUGUUCACGCGGCGCAGCAGCGUGGGCGUGGCAGUGCUGGAGCUUCUGAACUUCCCUCCGCCCUCCUCGCCCACCCUCUCGGUUUCUUCCACAAGCCUUUGACACGGGGUCACCGUUUGGCUGACCUCAGCCUCUGCUGCUGCUGCUACGGCCCAGACUGGAUCUGGGAAGAGACGCAACUGCUCGGUUUGAGACACGGAGGAAGGGGGGAGUGUUGGGAGUCGACAGGUAAAUGUAUGUAUAGAAGAAAAGAGAAAGAUGGAUGCUAUAAAUGAGGCUUCAGACUUUGUACUGCGCACGUCAGAUAAAGUGGCAGUGAAGUUUAAUCAGCUACGGUUGGAAAAAAGCAAACAUUGGUGAUAAACCUGAAAUUAAAGGUAUCGGCAAUUCUUAAAAAGGUUGUAGCCUGCGGUGUCACGUAGUUAUACUACACUAAUGACUCUUUUUCAAUACAUCAGAAAAAAAAAUCACAGAGCAUUCAAAUUCAGUUUGGUCGUACUUCAGAUAACACUGUAAAAAUACUCUAUUGUUAUAGUACUAUUGAACCUUUUUUAACUUAAGUGGGCGAACUGAUUCACAAAAAGGCAAUUAUACCGUAUUUUAUCUUGCAUUCUUUUCCCCCGAUACAAUCUGGCUGCUCUUUAGCCUCCUGCCAUUUCCUCAGGACUGUACUGUACCGAGUCUGGAUGCCUAAUACUCCUCCUGUAUAGCUCCACCACACAGAUCCCAGCUCCCACUCUCUUCAAGAGUACAAAGAUAUUGUGAACAAUGUGUGAACCGGUCCUUCGUCCGACCUCACUUUUUUUCCCCCCCAAACCACCUUUUCCAGUGUUUGACACACUCAUCGUGAAACGAGGUGGUCCCUUUAACUCAUGUCACGUGUGAUGUUAAGUGUUUUUGGUUUGAUGUUGUUGUUGUCCUCAGCAAGGUUUGUUUCUUUCAGGAUUUCUUUUUCUUUUUUUUUGCAAUAAUGUAUAAAAUACGAGAAACUGAAUGAUUUUACUUUUGGAAUGUACCUUUUUACUGGUUGUGCAUGUUUACGUAUUGGCACUGAAUCCAAAACCAUAUUUGAAAAAAAAAAAAAAAAAAAAAAGAAAGAAAGAAAGAAAUGUUGUAGUGCUGCUGUGCCACGCUAGGUGGCAGUAACUGGCAACAUUAGAAGCGCUUCUCACACUGCAAGAGAAGCAUGGUCAAAGCUUCAUCCUCAGAUCCUUUUUAAAAAAAAAAAAAUGAAAGAAGAGAACUAUGUUGAACUAUAGGUAUUUAUUAAAAAAAAUGUAUAAAUUCUAAUAUAUUCUGAUGCUUAGAGAAGGAAACAGAGCUAUGCCUGUCUAAGAGUGUUUAUUAUAUUUAUCCAGAUGAGCAUAUGAAGAUGAUGAUGAUGCGCACAUCAACAAUGGAAAUAACAAAGAGAAUGUAAGUGUGACAGAGGUGGCUGUUGAUGUGCGUGCAUUCGGAGCGUGUCCCGGUUCAGAGAACCGACUGUUGGGUUUUGAUAUGCAGCAUUUACUUUGCAUUUCUUAAUGUUUCUUCACUGCCACAAGCAUGACCUCACAUGACACUGUACCUUACCCUAUGUCUGCUUACAUUUGUGAAAAAGGCUUCAGUCGCUUGCAAAUAUUGUGUCUAAUCCGGCAGUUAUUUCUGAAGAGAAAUGAAGUUGUGUACACAGAACAAAAACGGCUUCAAACGACAUUAAAGAGGCAAGUUUACCUUCAGCAUACCAGCACUUGACACUAAUGAGUAAUGUUGUUGACGCCCGGAGCUGUCAUAUACCCCUCCACAUGUCAACUGGUUUCUUAUUUUAUUACCUCAUUGUUGAAAUGGAUCCAACUCCGUUUCAUCAAAGCUGAACUAGAAACGAUGUGUAGAUAGCUGCAGAUAUACUUGCUCUAGAAGCUGUGGUGUGUGCACUUUUGGGACGACACCAGUCUUGUCUGAAAUAAAUCGAGUCUUCGUGACUCAGUUAUGAGUUAGUACCUGGGAGCUUAGCUCACGUGUAGUGCAGUGAUACCAUUCCAGACUUCUGAGAAGUUGCCUUUUCUCCUUAUUUUGAAGGAUUUUGUCGAUCCGGUUGUGUUUAUCUAAAACUAGCUUAAAUUUUGCGUGGUAGAGUUGGAGCUGUGAUGCCCCUUUAGAUGAGCUGUUCGUCUGCAGAGUCGCAGGGUGACAGACGGGGUUUUAGACAAAGGCACACACAGCCGCAUGAAACGUUUGGCCUCCUUUCUCGAACAUGUAAAUAGGAAGAUUACUCAUGUAAUCUUGAACCCAUUUGUGCAAUUUCAAAGUGACUGUAGCUUUUUUUUUUUUUUUUUUUGAGUUUAACGUGGUGAAAAUUGUUUAUUUAUGAUCUGUUUGUUAUUUAUGAUGGAAUUUUGCACUAUUGGGAAAUGGAGCAAUACUAUACACUUAAAGAAAAAAAUGAAAUAAAUAUGUUUUCAGAUGUGA